AUGAAUGCGCCUUGGAAACUUGAAGUUCCAUCCAAACCCCGGACGGAGGAGAUGCUCAACGCUCUCCAGCAGAAACUUGCGGGCAUCUUCUUCAAGCGUGGUCUCCUGCCGCUAGUCACGUUUGGUGAACGAAGUCUUUCCAUCCCUAGAGCCCCCAACCGGGAAGGCUCCCAGGUUCACACCUAUGACGAGUUCAUCAGUGGUGAAAAUAGCCAGGCCGAUGGCCCUACCCUCCAGGUCAAGGUCAUGGAGAGAGGAAUCGAUUCUCAAACGGACCGUGUACUCGAUCUUCUUGUAGGGUCUUCGCCUCACCGUGGAAGUGGAUAUACUGACAACCCAACUACUGGACAGGAAGGAAGCAUCUUCGAGGUUCUCGUUCGACGUCGUCUUCAGGCCGUGAAAUUCACCGUCGUCAAGAAAACAGAACUGCCGAUCGAAAUCUUUGAGGCUUAUACCAUGUCGUUCGUGUACCACAGCGAGUACAGCAAGCACAAUAGCGAAUACCAGGACGUGGUUAAGACAAAACCCGGCUCCAAUGCCGGGCAAGAAGAGAUAAGAAACGCCCUCACAACCGUUCGCUCUGCCGUGGAUAUAGUAAAAGGGAUCCAGCAAAUGGAUCGCUUACUGAUUCCCCUCACAUCAACCUUCACCAAGCUACCCAGCGCUCGAGCCCUGGGGAUUUUCUUGUUGUAUACCGACGAUUGUCCCGAAGGAUAUCAAGCGCCCGAUUUCGUCGACGCGGGCGAUUUGGUAUUCAAAUUCGCGAACGAGGAGGAUCAGGCAGUACGCAAACUGAGCUGUGGUGGAAUCAGUACGGGUCAUCAUUCUGCGCACCUCAAAGUGACCUAUCUCAACCCUGUUUCGACUUCGUGUCGCACCAGCGAAGCUCACCUGUCCCCGAGAUCGGUACGCGUGACGCGUGAGGAGGCUGAAGCGAUUCCUAUUCCCUCGUUCCAGGUGCACGUCGAACGGGCUGAAUGA